AUGACAGAUGAAAUCUAACCUAAAAAUUGUAAACAUCAAAAACAUUAAAUUUUGAAAUGUUUAAGGGUGUCUUAAGGAAAAUUACGUUAAUAACAAAACGUUAUAAUUCAGUGUUUACAGAUCUUAUAAACGUAGAACCAACGAAACGUUUACAAAUAUUACAUAGAAUGGCCCCAAAACACCGUGAAAACCCGAUUAUUACUAAAUUAGAAUCGAAUGAGUUCAAAUCGAUUUUUACAGAUGAAUUAAAAUCUUUGGUGUCUCUCUUUAACAAGCAUGGUUAUGAAAUUAGGAUUUGUGGAGGUGCAGUAAGGGAUUUAAUCAUGGGUAUGAAACCUAAAGAUUUAGAUUUCGCAACAACAGCUACUCCAGAUGAAAUGAAAGAUAUGUUUAGUGCUGAAAAUAUUCGUAUGAUAAAUACAAGAGGUGAAAAGCAUGGAACUAUUACUCCAAGGAUAAAUAAUAAAGAAAAUUUUGAAGUAACAACACUUAGAAUUGAUGUGGUUACUGAUGGGAGACAUGCUGAAGUUCAGUAUACAACUGAUUGGCUUUUGGAUGCAAAUAGACGGGAUUUAACAAUAAAUUCAAUGUUUUUAGGGUUAGAUGGUUCAGUGUACGAUUAUUUUUAUGGUUAUGAUGAUUUAGAAAAACGUCGAGUGGCUUUCGUUGGAAAUGCCACAACAAGAAUACAAGAAGAUUAUUUAAGGAUUUUAAGAUAUUUUCGAUUUUAUGGUAGAAUAGCAUUAACACCCGAUGCUCAUGAAGAACUUACCUUAGAGGCAAUUAGAGAAAAUUUAAAUGGUUUACAUGGAAUAUCUGGUGAACGUAUUUGGGUGGAGUUAAAAAAGAUACUAGAAGGAAAUUUCGCUGGGGAGAUUAUGCAAACAAUUAUAGAAUGUGGAUUAUCUCCAUAUAUUGGUUUACCUCAAAAUCCAAAUGUAGAAGAAUUAAAAGCUGUUUGGAAACGCAGUCAAAAAUUAAAUCUUCAUGGAAUAACUCUUCUUGUAACUCUUAUAAGAUCUGAGGAACAAGUACUCAAUUUACAUACGAGAUUAAAAUUAUCUGCUUAUGAAAGAGACUUGGCAUUAUUCUUGGUAGCCCAUCGAGGCCCUAAAUUAUCAUCUAAAGAUCCUUUACUUCCUUAUCAACAACUUUUAAUUAAAUCAAAAUCAAAACAGAAUCACACCAAAGAAUGGAUUAUUGAAGUUCUUAAAUAUAAUAACUCUCCAUUUUUACAAAAAUUCAUUGAAUGGAAUGUUCCUAAGUUUCCUGUUAAUGGGGCUAUGUUAAAAGAAGAAGGAGUUGAAAGUGGAAGAAUUAUGGGGUGUGUACUUAACGAAUUAAAGGAAUUUUGGGCUGAUAAUGAUUUUGAUUUAAAUGCUGAAGAAUUAUUGAAAGAAAUACCUAGGAUUGUUAAUAGCUUGGAAAAUAAAAAAAAUAGAAAGUAAUAAAGGAUU